AGUUUUUCCAGCUUUUGCACCUAAAAUAGCAAUUGAAUUCAAGAUUUUUUAGAUUUUCCACCUAUCUCAAUCUUGAAUCAACAUGGCUGAUCGAAAAAGCGACGAGGGAGAGGAUGAAUAUCAGCAUAAGGAGCAGAUGGUCACAAAUCGAACUUCUAGUUUCCAACCAAAGUCGACCGAGGACUCAAUUAGCAAGCUGGCGAAAAUGAGAGCUGCCGACAGACGAGAGGAAUUUAUGGAGGAGCGCGCCUCGUUUUCAGCGGUAAAACGAGGAUAUCAAGCCGGAGACGACGAGGAAGACGACUUCACCGCAGAAGAAGAGCCGCCGGCGAAGAAGCCGCUGACCGUAGCGGAGCGGUUGAUGGCGGCGAUGGGUCACAAAGCAGGAGAAGGACUCGGAAAACACGGCCAGGGUAUCUCGGAGCCAAUCGCAAGCUCCACACAACGUGGAAGAACCGGACUGGGUCAUAAUGCCGGGAAGGCGACCGCCCGAGAUUUCAAUGAGGUCUGGGAUGAGACGACGGAGGAGAAGACGGUUGUGGAGAGAGUUGAAUGGAUGACUGAUAUUGAGGAAGAGAAACGAGCUGAAAUUUGUGAACAACUGAAAGAUGACAAGUGGAUGGUUAUUGGGAAGGAAAAGCGAACAAUCGACGACGAGACCAAAUUCUGCAGCCAACAAUCCAUCACCGAAAUGAUUGAAGCCAAGAAUGUGUUCGAUCUGAUGUCAGACAAGGAUCUCCGUGAAGCCCGUACCCGUGCGAAUCCCUACGAGACCAUCGGAAGCGCCUUCUUCCAGAACCGCGCCGCAAUGAAGACAGCCAACAUGGAUAAGAUCUACGAUUGGAUCCUUUCCCGCGAAAACACUGAAAACGAUCGAUUUUUGCUCAAAAAUCCGCUGCAGGAGUCGCAAACCGCAGAGAACGUUGAUCGAUCAGAGGAUCUUUUCUACUUUGCAGAUGUCUGCGCUGGUCCAGGAGGCUUCUCAGAAUAUAUGCUCUGGCGGAAGGGAUUCUAUAAUGCAAAGGGAUUCGGAUUCACCUUAGCUGGAAAGGAUGAUUUCAAACUUUUCAAAUUCACAGCUUCAUCCCAAUACUUUUUUGAGACCUUCUACGGAACUAAGGAUAACGGGGAUGUCAUGGAUCCGGUGAAUAUCGACUCACUUGAAGCACAUAUCAGUAGAGGAACCUCGGGGCUCGGUGUGCAUUUAAUGAUGGCUGAUGGUGGAUUUAGUGUGGAAGGACAGGAGAAUAUUCAGGAGAUUCUGUCGAAAAGGCUUUAUCUCUGCCAGCUUUUGGUCUCACUUUGUAUUGUUCGAGAGGGUGGAAACUUCUUUUGCAAACUUUUCGAUAUUUUUACGCCGUUCAGUGUUGGACUGAUCUACCUGAUGAGGGUGUGCUAUCAGAGUGUAUCUCUGCACAAACCGCAUACCAGUCGGCCAGCGAAUUCGGAGAGGUAUAUCACUUGUAAGGGGUUGAGGAAGGAGUUUGCCAACGUUGUCAAGGAGUAUUUGAAGAGAGUCAACCGUAAGCUGGACGAGCUGAAAAACAAGAAAUCCCACGAUGACGUCACAGAUUUAAUGCCUCUCGAUGUCAUUGAAGCCGACCAAAUUUUCAUGGACGAAAUCAUUCGACACAAUGAAUUUUUGGCAAAUCGCCAGACGCUCUACCUCCGGAAAUAUCAAAGUUUCGCCAAAAAUCAGGGACAAUUCGAUAAAGAUCAGGGAAAUCUUCGUGACGAGUGUCUGAAAUAUUGGCAGGUGCCGAAUAAGCAGCGACCACGUGGUGGUGAUCGUGGAAAUCGACAUGAUAAUAUGCAACGGCUCAAUCCGCUUCAGGUCUACGGAAAAUACUGCAAAAAAGUGUGCGGUGAAUCAGAAAUUGGCAACACAUUCCCAGAUUUCUCUCUUAAUUGUCUCGAUGCUCCAUUGCCAAAUAUUCCGUACGAGGAGUACCGUUUUGUGCCACUCGCCAGCUCUGGGAGCCCGAAUUUGCUCAUCGCGGCCGGCGAUUCCGCCUUCAUUUUCCGUAGUGGACGUUUUGAAUCAAUCUCGGCAGACCACAUUCGUAUUCCGGAAAAUACGAUUUUACUCGUUGAUUGGGCUGAAGAAGUGGUGAGAGGUGAUGGAAAUCGGAUUAAAAUUAGCUCAGAGCCACAAGUCGUUCGGAUUAUUGAUGCAGCUGUGCUCUUUGGAGAUGAUGUAUCGAAUUUACCGUAUGAGGAGAGAAUGAAGGCUGCCGAGAAGUUUGUGGCCGCUUUGAAGCAGACAAAUCGUAAAGUGAAGAAAGGAUGGGGACACCGAGCAGAAAUGAUCAAGCCACAUUUGAAAAUAUGUGCCAAAACGUAUUCACUUGCCGAGCUCGACGAAUUCCGUUCGAAUUUGGAGAAGUUGGAGCACAAUCGGGAGCUCGCCGUGCUCUUCACAGAAGGAGAAUUCACGUUCCGGUGCCAGGCACUACGGUUUACGAGAAUUAUCAAACAAGAAUGGCGUAUGGGAUGGUCGAAAAGUCAACAAAAGCCAUAUGCUCACUCACAGGAACACCAGAACGCUGGAUCGAUUCCAGUGGAGCUUUGGGCGGAAAAAUCGAUAUAUUCGUCGUUUUGGGACAGUGUCAUCUGUCUGAAUAAGGAUAAAAAAAAGCUUAUGGAAGCAAUGGAGCAUACUAAGGGAAAAUGUCCGAUUCCAUCAAGUAUUUGGAGCUGGAAAGCGUGCAUUCGCACCCCAUAUGGACCUGAGAAAAUCCUCAACUACCCUGAGCCAUUUGAAGGAAAACCGACGAUUGCAGCAUUGAAAGCACAGAUUGAGAACACUGAUCUCAUUGUUAAACGUGUUCGAAAUUAAAUUAUUGUUACUGUAUUAUUAAGCCCCUCUGUACUUGUUUUUUUACCAAAAAUUCCAAUUUUUUUGAAAAAAAUUACAAUUUUUAUUUCCAAAAAAAAUCGCCGAAAUUUUCAUUUUUUGAGCCAAAGCUCCGGAAAAAUUGAUUUUAAAAAAAUCAUUUGUGGAGAAAUAUUUCAAAUUACCCAAUUUUUGACUAAAAAUUUCAAUUUUUUCGAAAAAUAUUAUAAUUUUUUGAGCCAAAGCUCCGAAAAAAUGACCAAAAAAUGUAAAUUUUCUAAUUUUUUUUUUGAAAAAAAGUUUAAAAUUACCCAAUUUUUGACCAAAAAUUUCAAUUUUUAUUUCCAAACAAAAAUCGGCGAAAUUUUUUAUUUUUUGAGCUAAAGUUUUUCAAAAUUUGUGAAAAUUUGAAACUAGUCUAAUUUUUUUUGGAGUUUGACGAAAAUUGCAAAAAUUCGUUUUUUGAAUAUUUUUUUUUCCAAAAAAAAACCGCCAAACCCCAAAGUUGUAACAAAAAAUUGUAAAUUUUCGUUUAAAUUUGGCGAAAUUAGAAAAAAAAGGCCAAAUAUUUUAAAUUUUUAAAUCAAAAUCUGGAAAAUUAGGCCAAAAUUGUUCAAAUUUUGCCAAAAAUAUUUUUUUUGGAACAUUCAAAUUUUGGCAAAAUUUUUUAAAAAAUUUCAUAUCCUUUCCCCAAAAAAAAUAUAUUUUCUUUUAUAUUUAAUUAAUUAAUAUCUGAUAUUUUCUGUUAUUUAUUACACCGUUCAAUUCAAUUGUUCUCCGUUCAAUUAUCUGUUACCAUGAAAAAACGAUUUUUCGCUGAAAAAA